CGUCGCUGCGAGCGCAACGUCUCCCUGCCUGACCGUCUGCCGCACUCGUCGGGGCGGUAUCGUCCACACUGCGCCAAAUGGAAAACGCGCUGGCACAGCCCGGAGCACAACACACGGAGGGCCGCCGACGACGGCGACGUUUGGCGUUCGCUUCUUCGUUCUAUUUAUUGCUGCGCUGCGGUCCGGACACGCGCUCGCUGCCGCGCCAGUCCAUCCAAGCCAACAUUGGCGAGCGUGCGGCUGUUUCGCUCCAACCCACUCUCACUCUCUCGCUGUGUCUCGCUCUCUCUCUCUCUUAGAUGGGUGUUCUUGUCCCCCUUUUGCCCACACACACACACACACACAUGCACUGCUAGCCCGCAGCGAUCGUUCGUCCGUCCACGGGAGGGAGGGCCAUUUCAUUCGCGGUCCGCCGAUCGUUUGCGCUAAACGGUGUGUGCUGUCGUGCCCAGCCUCGACCAGCAGCAGCAGCAGCAGCAGUAGUAGUGAUAGUAGUCGACCCCGAACCGAAUGUGCGCGUGAGGCAGGAAGUUUUACAGGAUUGGUAGCACGCGCACACACACAGGAUUGGUGUGUUCAGUGUUCCGUAGUGUACAUGCAGCCGCACGCGGUGUGCGCGAAAUAGUGGCGCACACAUCGCAAAACACCUCCAACCGUGUACAACGACGGGGGGCAAAAGCUGAAAGGAAAUCGAAUCGCGCGUUUCCGUCCGUUCGCUGAAGUGACCUAAAAUUGGCCUUUAUUUUUAAAAAUGGACACCGCAAACACGCACCCACUUGGAGGUCGGCCCGGUAGCUGCACCGGAGGAGGAGGUGUCGGUGGUGGUGGUGGUGGUGGUGGCGGUGGAGGAGGAGGUGGUGGAAGAAUGCCAGGAGCAGCGGGCAGUUCAAGUCCGCAGCAGUUCUGCCUUCGAUGGCACAAUCAUCAGGCAAGCCUGCUCAGCUCGCUGCCGCUGCUGCUCGACCAGUCGCACCUUACCGACGUGACGCUGAUGGCGGAGGGGCAGAAAAUUAAGGCGCACCGGGUCGUCCUGAGCGCCUGCAGCACGUUCUUCUCCGAGCUGUUCCGCACGCUCGAUGGCGCCCAGUACCCGGUGGUGGUGCUGCCGGGCGCAUCGUACCACGCCGUCGCCGCGCUGAUCACGUUCAUGUACUCGGGCGAGGUGAACGUGUACGAGGCGCAGAUAUCCGUCCUGCUGUCGCUCGCCGAAACGCUCGGCAUCAAGGGGCUGGCCGACUUUAACAGCAACCCGAACAAAUCCAGCACACCGUCGACGGAAGCGUCGUCGUCGCGGGACUCCGACGUACCGUCGCCGUACCAUUCGAUGAAGGUGUCCUCGCCGGUCGACAACUACUUCGCCCGCCCGUACGCGUUCGGGGCGGACCUGUUCGAGAUGCGCCACGGGGCGCAGGCACUCAAUCUGAUCACCAACGCGGGCGGCUCAAAUGGAGCGGCAGCAUCGAACAGUGCCGGCACGGGCAGUGCCCCGCACAGCGAAGGAUUCGCCGGCAACAACGCCGCGCACACAAUCGCAGCCAAUCUUUCCACCAGCAAGUCCGGCGACCUUUACGCGCGGUUUGAAGCCGAACGGAACGAGCAAAUGUCGGCGGAAGCACUCUGCAAGCUGAACGAACUGAACCUGCACGCCGAGAGCGCUCUGCUGAAGGAGAAACAACAACAGCACCAUCUAAACCGGUCAGCCACGCCGGUACGCAUGGCGGGCUACGCGCAGCAGCACGCGAACUCGCCCCACAACACCGCCGCUGCCGGUGACGCCCGGUCCGUCGUCGAGUCGGCACUGUUCGGCAGCUUUGGCAACGACAACGGUCGGGAUUGCAAACUGUCCGCAAAUGGACCGCUUCUGCUCGGACUGAAGCUAAAAGAGGAAGACCUUUCCGACACCAUGCACCACCAUCAGCUCAACCAAUCGUACGGUUCCGUCCCGUCCACACCGACCGCACAAACGCCCGGGCUGGAGGAUGCGGGGCGCGUUUCCCAGCCGAGCGCCGCGACGCGCAAAACACUGGCCGCCCAGGACACGGCCACGAGCAAGCGCAAAAAGCUGGAACAAAUCACGGAAAGCCUGAUCGAAACGCUGAAACAGUCCACCGAGUCCGGCAACAAGCUGCCGCUGCACCUGUUCAGCAAACCGCCGACCGUGACGCCGGUCAGCAGCACGCAGAACCCGUACCUGGCGCACCAUCACUUCCUCACGAACGAGAGCGCCUCCAAGACGCCGGAAAACUUUAGCCUCGAGUCGUCGCACCCGAACGCCGCCUCGAACGCGAACGCGCUGCGCGCUUCGCCUUCGAUCGCGACCGCCACCACGCUCGGCACGGCCGCGUCACCGACGACGACCGCACCACCCGGCACCGGGUCGCUGCUCGCGCUCACCCCCUCCUCCUCGCCCGCCAGUGCGAACGAAAAUCUGAUCAAAACGCUUCACAUUACCCAUCCGGCGCAGGUAGCCGCGCUGCAGCAGCAGCAGCAGCAGUCAUCACAGCAAUCAGCCACGCAGAAGCCUCCCUCGUCGAAGCUGUACGCCACGUGCGUCAUUUGCAACAAGCAGCUUAGCAACCAGUACAAUCUGCGCGUGCACCUGGAAACGCACCAGAACGUUCGCUACGCUUGCCAGGUGUGCUCGCACGUGUCGCGGAGCAAGGAUGCGUUGCGAAAGCACGUCUCCUACCGCCAUCCGGGCACACCGAGCCCGUGCGAUCCGGACACGAAGCGGAAGCGCUCGAAGGGCAACGCGUACAGCCAGCUGGCGAAGCAGGACGGGCUGGCGGAGCAGCAGGCCGCAGCUAUCCUGAACCACCACCAGCAACAACAGCAGCAGCAGCAGCAACAACAGCAAGCAAGCAAUCUGCUUGCCAACCUAACAGCGCAGGGUCCGCUACCAUCGUUCCUGCAGUCGAUUGCCGCGCACAACAAAUCGGCCGCCCUGCUGUUCAACCAAACGGUGUCGGUGGCGGCACUAGCACAGGCAGGGCAGGCCUGCAACCCGGCCACAUCCACCACGCCACCCGCGCCAGCCGGUGGGCCAGCCGAACUGGGCGCGACGCCGGGCAAGCGGGAUGCCACCACCGGUGCCACGGGUUCGGGCGAGACGGACGGUGUCGAAGACGGACGGCCCAAAUCGGCACCCGAUGGGAAGGUGGACGAUUCGAAACCGGAUGACCACCCAUCCGCCCAAACGACCAAACAAUCUGACAAAGACAUUUAAAAAAGACCCCGACGCUGUUGUGCCGUACUCAAGUGGGAGGAGAGAGAAAGAGAGAGAGAGAGAGAGAGGAAGGAAGGAGUCCAACACCGGCUAGACAUGGUGCCAGGAAAUGAGAGAAAAAGAGAUAGAGAGAGAGAGAGAGAGAGAGAGAGAAAGAGAGGAAGAAACAUGCAGCCACCCUUGCCCGGAAAGGCAAAAUGCUGCGGAAUUUUACUGAAAAAAGACAUUAGGUUUUAACGCUAUUUAACUAUACAUACGCCGUAAUGGCGCUAGUGCUAAUACGAGAUACGAGUUGAUGUUGGAGUGUAUACGCGCAAGCAUCCCCUCAUCCCCCACCCCUAUCUACAAGCGUGGCAUUCGGAAGGCCCCGUCACCCACACCGUCCUUCGCCAGCGCAACGGUUUUGCGCAAACUUAGGCAAAAUUUACGAUUUUACAUCUCCAUCUCCAGCUUGAAUUUCGUAUUGUUUUACUAAGUUUUUCUUAAUUUUCGUGUUUCCUUCUUUCAUUUUUUUUACGCACAGAUUAUUUCCCUUUAUUUCCCCUCAGUUGUACUUAAACUUGUUCCCUAGCUGUGAUAGUAAGACAAUAUUUUUGUAUAGACCUGUAAAAGCUCUUUGCGUAAGACCUUUGUUUCGACCGAUCCUACUGCAAUCGGCCAGCAUAAACGUUGGGAAUCGCGUGGCUCAGAUAGCGUACAGUUUUUUAGGCUUUCGGUUUCGUCCAACUCAGCUGCUGCUGCUGCUACUAUUUCUCACACUCAGUACACCCACACUGAGGUAACAACAACCUAUGUGCCUUACUUCAUAGUAGAAAAAACACGCACUGUUACAUUUAAAAGCUCUGCUACCUCACAAAAUAGAGAGAGAGAGACAGCCGUAGAUGAAACAUC